UCUAUGUAACUAUCUAUUUAAUGCGUGAUUGCUUGAGGUACAGUUUUCUUCGCUAUAGGUACAGUUUAGUACAGUUUGGGUACAGUUAUUUGGUGCAAAUGUUGUGACGAUUCAGACAUCUCUCACGCCAUCCUGACGGACACGUCGCAUCGCCGUCGCGCGACCAUCGCGCGACCGUCGCCCACGCAAGCCACGGCGUAAUACUAAGUUCUCGCGCUUUAAAACUGCAGCGAUUGCAUUGCUUUCCACACCUGUCCUGCCGCCGUGGCAGCGAGAGAUAACCUGAAAGCUUGCACGGUAAAGCUGCCAUCUUGUAUGCCAGUAAUUGAGUCCCAGGUGAUUGAACAAGUGUCGAGCAACGAAUGCGGGCGCGAUGAUAGUGGGAACGCAAAGGUGUGCUGCGCUGAGCUAACAGCUGGAGUGGAGAAAGCACUAGCGUCUGUUGACCAUCCAAACCUUUCCUUGUUACCGGACAACUGCGGAGUUGGAGAAGACGACGAGUUUGCAAAUCGAGUAGCAGGUGGAGUCCCUGUUUUAGGAAUCUACGACUAUCCAUGGAUGAUCUUCAUUUCUUACCAGACUCAGGCAGGACCCCAAUUCCUGUGCGGUGGCAGUCUGAUAAACAACCGCUACGUGUUGACUGCGGCCCACUGUCUCUCCCGUAAGGAAGCACUCACUGUGAGGGUACGGGAAUACGAUGUUGAAACUAAAGGGCCUCCCGAUAUACCUAUAGAAGAGGCUAUUCCGCAUCCUGGAUACCGCCGUCGACCUGUCAUUACAGAUGACAUUGGACUCCUGAGACUGAAAAAUCCUGUGAUCUUAUAUUCCGGAAACGCUGGCACAAUUUGCCUGCCAGUAACUCGCGACCUGCAGAACCGGGACAUAGUCGCACAGGGCGCCACCAUCGCCCAAAGAAAAAGGAAAGCUGACGAAAAUUACGAAUCGACCAGGCUGCUAUAUGCCGAUGUAACCAUCUAUAGUGCUGAGUAUUGCCGGGAACAAUACAAUAAAAGCAGAAAGCAUGGCGAAGAGGACAAGAUGAUCAAUAAGAUCUGCUCCGACUCAAACCUGAAGGGGGCUUGUCGCGGGGUCUCCGGAGGCCCCUUGAUGGUGUGGGGCCCCUUUGGGGACCGAAAUCGCUUCAUACAAUACGGUCUCGUGUCGUAUGGACCAAAUGGAUGCGGGACCCUAUUGCCUGAAGUUUACACUGAGGUUUCUAAAUAUAUGAUGUGGAUUUUGGAUACAAUACGACCUUGAAUAUUUAAAACUAGGUUGUUAUAAUAAGGUAAUUAACUACUAUUUGUUUAGUAAGUAAAUGUUUUGCUUUGAAAUAUUAACUGUAACUACCUUUUUUAUUAUCUGACCCUACUUGUACAGUCGACUACAAAGAGAUGUAUCCACUUUUUCACCUUAUUGCUUUGUAAUUAGGGAUUGCAAUCCGGUCCGGCGUGUGGUGAAAACAUGCAAAAAAGGCACUAUUUGGGUACUU